AUGUCCGCUCUGUGCGAUCCGGCGGGGGUGGUGGGGCCUCCGGGGUCCGCCCCGAGCCCCAAACCAGCCGCCGCGCCUCCGUCCCUCAGUUCCCAAGAAUUGGCCCAGGAGAUCAAAGCUUUCCUCAGUGGGGUCGACCCCAUUCAUGGGAACAAACUCACCAUCAAGGAACACGCUCGUUGUGCCAUUUUACUGUUGCGCAAUUUGCCUCCAGCUCGCAGCGCUGUCCUGGAACACCUCCGUAGUGUCUUUGAUGAAUACGUCUGCACCUACCUGCUGGAACUGGAGACCCGCGACGGUGGGAUGGGAGGCCUCCGCUCCCAGGGCCCCAACUUGGAUGACGUGGUGUCGGAGAUCCAAGCCGUGUUGUCGGAGUUUGUCCGCAUGAAUCCCAAAGCUUGGGCUGCCCUGGUUUCCUCCUGGUCGAUUGAUCUGAUGGGGCAGCUGAGUAGCAAAUACGCCGGGCGGCAUGACGUACCCCACGCGAGCAGCCUGAAUGAGUUGCUGCAGCUAUGGAUGUCCUGCAAAGCCACCCGGGUCUUGAUGGAGAUUUACACCCAGUGCCUGUCCUCCAUGAUCAACACCUGUCCAGAUGCUUGCGUGGAUGCUCUCUUAGACACUUCCGUCCAGCACUCGCCUCACUUCGAUUGGGUGGUGGCCCAUAUCGGUUCCUCCUUCCCCAACACCAUCAUCAACCGGGUCCUCUCCUGCGGGUUGAAGGACUUUUGUGUGCACGGGACAGCUUCAACGGAUCUCCUCCUUUUUCCCAGCUCCGCAGCAGCCGACAAACGAGUUCCCAAGAUCGCCUCGGUGGUCGGGAUCCUGGGCCACUUGGCCUCUCGCCACUCGGAAAGCAUCAAGCAGGAGUUGCUGAGGAUGUUCCACAGGAGCCUGGGGCCCACCCGGGACCAGCAGCAGAAGGCCACCGUCCCUUUCUUGCUGCAGCUGGCGGUCAUGUCCCCCACGUUGCUGAGCACCAUCUCUGCCGAACUGGUGGACUCUCUCAAGCCCAGCAUCCUCAACCAGCUGCACCAGCACUUCGCAUCGCUGCCCCGAGAAGAGCUGGAGAACAUGGUUAGCAUUGUGGUGCACCUCAUCUGCCAGACAUCCAGCGGAGCCUACCGUACCUUGCAGUUCCUGGUCAACACUGCCAUGCCAGCCUCGGUCAUCACCACCCCGGGCCUGGCGGUGCACGACAGCGUCCGGGAGGCCUGCGACCGGGUCAUCCAGCUGCUGCUCCUUAACCUGCAGAAGCUGGUCUACAACCGGGGCUCGGCCAGCUUGGUGGAGGUCCCUCCUCGCGUGGUGCCGUUCCUGGACGAACUGAAGACCCACAUGCAGGAACUUUGCAGGGAGACGCUGAAGCUGGAGAGGAAGAGGUUUCUCUGGCUGCACCAGCUGCUGGUCCUGCUCUCGGUCUACUCCAUGCCCAGCUGUGCCAGCGAGGGGCUCUUCUAUCUGCUGACCCUGGCCAAGAGCCAGGAGGAGCUCAGCCUCGCCACCCAACUCUACACCGUCCUCAGCUCUUGCAUGACCGGUCUGCUGGCCGCCCUGGUGAAGAAGUGUGUGCGCCAGCUCCACGCAGGCUUUCUCUCCGAGCAGCACAUGGCCCAGCUCUUCCAGAACCUGGCCUUGAUCAUGCAGUGGGAGGGGGAGAGCCCGGCCUCCAUGGGCCACCAGCUGGGCCGGGCCGUGUCCUCCCACCUCUACGAUUUUGGGCAGCUGCUACUGCACAGCAAUCCAGAGGUGGCCCAAGCCGCUGCUUUGCUUCUUUCCGUCUGCCCCAUGCCCAAGGCCAUCCGGCCGGCCCAUUUGCUCUUCCUCAUCCGGUCCGCCGUGCACCAUUUUUUCUCGGUUUUGCGGGAUAAAUCUCCGGCCGGCAUCAGCUACGGAAGCCGGCUUCUUUGCGGGCUGAGUGGGGCGUCGCCCACAGCCAGCAAGGCCAUCUUGCAGUACCUGGUGGAAGGAGCCUUGCACCAGGGCAACGCUGAGCUUUUCGGCGGAACGGCGGAGCCCCCCGCCGCCAGGAACGACGCCGGGCUGGAGGCGACCAAGUUGUCCCUCAUGGACAUCAACCGGCACUUCAUGGCGACCGUCAACUUCUCCGGCAGCGUCUGGUCGGUGUUCCACGCGGGGGUGAUCGGGAGAGGCCUGAAACCGCCCCAGGCUUCCCAUCAGCAGGAACCGGAGGAGAUCUCCCAUAACGUCCAGGUUUUCCUGGGCCUCUUGCUGCGAUGCUGCGGGGCGGGGCGCUCUGGCUCCCCCGAGCCGUCCCAGGGCAGCACCAUCAGCCCCGAGGCGGCCAAGAUGGUGGCCGUGGUGCUGGUGGAGAUGGUGUGCCCGGAUGUGACCAACAGCGAGCUGGCCUGGCCUCCUGAGGAACACACUCACAACACCGUGGAACGGGACAUCCGGAUAGGACGCUGCUUCCGAGACAACCCUUUGCUUUUCGAGCUCUUGAAGCUGGUGGCUGUCGGCAGGCCGGCCCUGUGCUAUUGCUCGGUGCUGCUCCGGGGCCUGAUGGCCACGCUCAUGGCCCACUGGGAGGCGUCCCGGGAGAACGACACCACCAGCUCUCCCUGGCCUCUGCAGGCCUCCUGCGCGCUGGUGGCCUGCAUGGGGCAAGGCCACCUUCUGCCCCCCGUCUUGAGCAACAUGCACGAGAUCUUCGACCAGCUGGCUCCUUUUGAGGUUCACCUGCUCCUGCUCAGCGUCUGGGACUACAUGCGGGACAACAGCCCCUUGCCCCAAAAGUUCAGCUUCGACGCCAACACGGAGCUCUUUUUCCGGGACUUUUCGCGAGACACCGACGCGGGCAAAUACCUCUACGUCCUGCACAGCGUCCUGCAUAAGAAUAUCGACCGGCUGGGUCUGCUUUCGGGACGGUUCCACCCUUAA